AUGAAGGCUGGUGGUAGGUUUGUCCUCUUGGACGCCUCCCAGUCUGUGGCGCGCCUGUCUGUGAUGUGUCAAAGGACAAGACCACAAAUUUUGCUCGCAUCGGCCAAACACGUUGCCGUCGCAGAGGAACUGGGCGUUCCAUUCCAUGUGAUACCACAUGCCAUAGCAUCUCUUACAGCCCCGGUGCCGCCCGACAGGUCCCCAAGAAUGCAGCCGGCGAGUGACGCGCAUCAUAUCCUGUAUGCCGGUUUCACAUCAGGCUCCACGGGCGAGCCAAAAGGGGUUGUAAUAGGUCAUUCUGCCUUCUCGUACACCCAAUCUGUGGCUGUCGAGGAAUUGACCUACAAUUCAGACGGUACCAUACCCGAAAUCAACAUGACUGAAGAUGGCCCAGCAUAG